CACCUCCGAGGCUCCGACCGCCACCGCGAGCAAGCUAGGAGGCGAGCCCCUCCCUCCGGUCACCAAGCGGCGUCCGGCGUCUCCUCCCUCCGGCAACGUGCCCCCGAGGAAGUCACGCUGCCGCCGUCAGAUCUGACGCCACCGCCGCUACCCCAUCCCCAUGCCGUUGGAACCCGCCGCCCCCAGGCCGCCGCGCUCGCAAGUCCAGUUGCUUUUGAUAGCGAUUUCUCCUCGCGUGCUGUGGUUUCGAUUGCAAAUCUUUCUCUGACCACUUUCAUGUUCCUCCUGUAACCGGAUCCCAUCCUAGCCUGAUGCGCCAGCAUGGUUGGUUGGGCACUGCCCACAGCAGAGUUCCCGCGAAGAGCAGAGUCUGUUGGGAUUGUGGGCUGAGGUGAUGCUGAGCAUGCUGGCGUGCGUGUGAAGCCUGACCACUUUCUGCAGCAGUUCGUCCACUGAAUCAGAAAACGGAAUGAAUCCAUGCAUAUUCAAGGCUACAUAUACUAAAUUUUCUUUCUGUUUAGGUCGAAAUCGUGUUGUUCAUCAUGAUUUAUCGAUUGGAUUCUGCAUAUUCUUGUUGCUUACUUCUACUGAACACAAUGACUAAUCUGAUCAUGUGAUUGCUAGCAGCCUGAACUCUGAAGGCUCUGAACUCUUCCAUAGUUCAGAGCGCCACCGUGACAGCCUCACCCGGGUCGGUGCCGGGCUUCGACGGCGCCACUCUGUAACAGACUGCCAGGGUGAUCACAGCGCCAUCGUCCUACGCAUUCAAGCUCGGUCGCACCGGCCUUCACUUCGUGCGGCUCCACUUCAACGUCGUCGAGGUCGUCUCUGACUCUCUGUCCCCGACAAACUUAGCACCCGACACAGCAGCAGAGACAUCGGCUUCAUGGGGCCGCGGCUCAACCCUGCCGUGCUACUCGAUCCUCUGCUGCGACGAGGUUCCGGUGGCCUAGGGACGGUGUCACGGCGGGGGAGGGGGUGGGGUGUUAGCGGCGGGGUAGCGCCGGCGCCGGUGGAUCUGAAGGCGGCGGCGCGACUUCCUCGAGGGCUCGUCGCGGGAGGGAGGGGGCACCAGACGAGCGGGUCCAUCUUGGCGUGUGCAGGCCCAACGAACAAGAGGUCUUGGAUCCGGAUUCCACGAUCGAGAUGCACGAAAUGUCACCGCGUGACAUGCCUAAAGCAGUCCAAACUUCGAUCGGAUACUCCCUAAAUCCUACUUAAGCCAGCGCAAGGGAUCGACCGAGGAGCUCUGAGGAUUCCUACCAGAUCGGCAGCGCGCAACCAGCAAGCCUCGUGAAUCAUGAGCGCUCAGGUAUCAUCCGUACACCCAUCCCUUUGUCGGCCUCGACACGGCCACCCACCCGACGACGGCGGCGCUCCCCCGCCGAGCUGGGUCCUCCUCGACCUGCACGCCUACGUCGCCGACCGCGAGAACGCCACCUCCGCCUACUCCGUGAUGAGCAACGGCGAGGCCAUCCGGGUCACCUUCUGCACCGCGCCGCCGCCGCUCGUCUCCUACAUCUGCGUCUGGUGCCCUAACCUGCCGCCGACUGAGCUGGUCAUGGAGCCCACCAUCGAGGUUGCGGAGGAUGACCUCGUCCACUUCUGCGUCUCUAUCCGAGCCUACAGAUUUUGCUGUGACCACUUCGUCUACAAGGCCCCCAGCGACGGCAAGGGGCCCUCAUUGUCGCUGCUCGAGAAGCCUGAGCGCUACCUGCAAUGUCGCCACGGUCUUGCCCUCCUCGGCCACCGCGAGGUCGGCGACAUUCGCGCACAUGUGGAGGACGACGGCCACUACUACUUGGCUGCACUCCAUCACGGCCGCCGGCCUUGGGAUUUCAGCCUGGUGCUGUACAAUUCCAUGGACAAGAAAUGGUCCAGCAGAAACUUUUCUCUAUAUAGGCCGCACAUCCAUAUGACAGCCAAGACGAUCUCAUUUGGCGAAGGUGGAUUGCUGGGCUUUGUUGACGCCUGGAGGAGCAUCAUCAUCUUUGACAUACUUGGCCGCAAACCUGAGCACUAUCUGCCUCUACCCAAACAUCUCAUUAGACUCAACACGAUCCAUGAUGAGCCUUUGCUUUCAAGGGACAUUGCUUUUGUCAACGGUCGCCUCACCCUGGUUGAAAUGCACCGCAACACCUCUGACCAGAGCCUCAGUUGCAGCUGGGAAGUUUCCACAUGGAGCAUAUCCAGUCCUUGGAAGGGACAGGAUGGUUGGCAAAUGGACUAUAGGUUCAAUACUAGCAGUAUCGUGGUUGAUGAUGGUACGGCCAAUGUGGACUUGUUGAGGCAGCUACGGGACAAUGGAGCCACGCCUCAGCCAGCCUUGGAUGGGCUUCUGUUUGCUCAUCCCACGCUGAGCUUGAGCGAAAGUCACAUUGUUUACCUCAUGUGCGAGGUUAGCAUGUGGGACAAGAAGACAUUGGUGCUAUCUAUUGACAUGAGAAACCCAAGGCUACAGGGAGCUGCCACGUUUGAUGCAGAAAGAAUGAUGGGUUAUACGUAUGCACAGUCCAGGAUCUCCAAAUUUUUCAACAUGGUUCCAGGUCUAAAGGGAGGUCUGAAACGACCAGGGAAAUUCCAUAUGCAGUACCCUCGCAAGCAUUGGAUUGGGAUUGACAAUGAGCCAACUCAACACUCGGGUUUUACUCAGAGGCAAGAGGACACAAUUGCUGAUGGUGGGGAUAUUAAUAUGGCGGUCGAUUAAUACAGGAAUUUCAAGAAGCUGGUUUCUCAGUGGAGAUAACGAAUCUGUGUACUCAGGAAUCCGUACUUCUCAUCCCCCCUGCUUUAAUUUAUUCCCCGUGUUUUCGCCAAAACCAAAAGAUCAUCUUGCCCCAUGCCGCACCCUCAGAGAGACGUUUGAUUAUGAAUAUGUAACGUGCAACCUUAUGUCUGCCGAAGUGGAUCUGUCUAUUUAUCUAUUUAUAUGUUGUGUUUUAUCUCAUACUUA